UCACCAUCGAGGAAGAUCCCUCCGUCAAGGUGGUGGUGAGGGUGCGGCCAACGGUGAGCCGGACGGUGGACGACAGGGAUCUUGGUUUGUCCGCAACACUGCUUCGGACGCCGUUGCUGUCGGCGACCGGUCCUUCGCGGUUGAUGGCAUCCUCGACGAUAGGGCCUGCCAGGCCUAUUUAUCAUGCAGUGUGGGAGAUGUAUUUUGCAAAAAUUAUUUUAUGAACUCUAGCAUGGCCGUGAGAGCAGGAGAUUGACAUGGAAAAGGUAAGAUCUCAAUCUAAUUAAUGUGCAUUUGUUAUUUAUCUAUACCAUCAUUCUUUCAUCAAUUUUAGUAGUAGGAAUGAUAAAUAGUUGGAGAAGAGGUAAGUUUUGUGAGGGUGUGAAUUUUUUGGUGGUCAAAUAAGCUGCAGCAAGCAGUAUAUUUUUUUCUAAAUUGAGAGGCACCGAACAAAGUUACCCAUAGAUGGGGCACAACUAGAGUUGCUUGCUUCAGUGGACUUCAGAUCAUAUGAGAGCACAUGAUCUAGAAAUGAUACUCUUGCGCAAAAAAAAAAAGAUCCAGAAGUGAUAGUAUUGUCUAAAAGUUAUUAGCUCUUUGAUAAGCUGUUUGUGUCUUGAGUUGUUGCUGCCUAGCUUACUGGUUCUCUCGAUCGAUUCUACAGGUCAAAGUAUCCAUCUCUUGCAGCUGUAACAAUAGGAGCUCUCCGAGCUCACUUCUGUCUGCCCUAGCAGCAGCUCUGCUGGAUCGAUUUUUCUUGAGUGCUCGGCUUGAUUCAGUUCUCUUUGCAGGUCAGCGUUCGCAUAUUUGGCUAUGCAAUUCUUCCUUGCAGGUCAGCUCGACAGGUCCGGCAGCAGCUUCGCCAUGUUCUUUCUCUGAUGAUAGCUUCUGAAUGUGGCAGUUUGUCAGAUUUCUUAAAAUACUAGACAGGUUAAAAUAGUCCAGUGUACGAGCAGAUUGUUUGUUCUUUUGCUGCAGUGAUCUGUUACUCGAGUAACCUUGCAUAGUGUCUAUUUGAUUUGUUUAACGCCAAGUGUGGCCUGUAGCCUGUUCCUUGCAUUAUUAUUUCAAUCACCAGGGCAUCAUGUCUACUGCUCGUGCACAAAGUGGACAUACCCUGUUUACUCUUACUAGAAAUAUAUGAAAAGAUCAGUGACUCAAAGGGUCUUCAAUUAACUGUAGUUUAGAACAAUUGAAUUAAAGUAUUUAUUAGUGCACUCUUGUUCAGGUUGAGACACUGAUCAGUUUGUUUGAAUUCAGGCUACAAAUUGUCCUGUAGUUUUCAGGAGUGAGCUAAUUCGUAUCGAUUAACAAGGAUGUAGGAUCUCUUUGCAAAUAUAAUGUCAGGUAUUUCUUUAAUGAAAUAAGUAAACAUAUGCAGAAAACAACAUUACUAUUGCAAAUCAGAUAUGUACUUCUGUAUUCUCCUCAGCCGCCUAUUUUAUUGUAUCUGGUAUGAAAAAACAGUAGUUACAGUUUGAUACAGAUGUAAUUGCCAUUUAAGCAUGUCAGCUCAAAAAUGUUGGACAUGUUAAAUGCAGAUCAUAAGGUAUACUCCUCAUUCAUCGUCUAAGCAAGGUGAUGCCAUCGACUGGUAGCAUCAUAAAGUUGCAACACAUGAGGACACGUAGGUGGCUGGAUAGUCACUUGCACGCAUCACCGCUGUCCGGUAACCUUGAGCCUUUUGUACAGUUUGCGGAGGUUGAUGCAACAAGAUGGCUGUCACAUUUUUCCACUUUCUGAAGGGAGGGGUGUGGGAGGCGCGUAGCUAUAUGAAGCCUGAUUUCAAAGGAUUGGUAAGGCAGUGUAGGGAACACAUGGCCCAGGGUGAUCUAAAGGUGGUGGUGCUUUGGAUCUAACAAUGGUGGUCGCAGAUGGGGAUGGACAAUUGACGCCACACAGGCGCAAGCAGUGGGGUGAAUAGCGUAAGAGUAAGCCCUAGUAGUGUAAACGAGGUUUGAGAUUCUUGAAUGAAGAAUUGAAAUAAUUUCUCUAUCUAUAGCUGGUAUAUAUAGAAGUGGGUCCUAAUUGGCGGUCACUACAAACAUAUGUGAGGCGAAGGGUGGUUUCUGUGUUAGAUAAUUACCCAUGCUCUAGCUUGUCUUUGUUCUAUGCUGGUAGGAGCUCUAGCUCCUCCUUAGUAAAGGCUGCCACUUGAAUUCUGGGCGGCAAAAGACUAUUGUGUAUAGUAGCAGCUGCUAGUUGCAGCAUGGUAGCAGUAGAUGGUAGUAGCAUGUAAUGGUAGAGGCUGCAUUGUACUAUAGAGCCAUGCCUUGUAAAUUCUCACCUUUGACCAUGUGUCUAUAAAGAGGAGAGCAGCUGCAGCUCACGAGAUUAAGCAGCAACACUUGCCGUGUUUCCUCUCUGCUUCUCUUCAUCUCACUUCUUCCACCUCCUGAGAGCUUGUGUGUAAGUGUGUGUGAGCAGAGGGUCCUGCACAAGAGGUGCAGCAGAUCAGGGAGAGCUAACAAGUGGUAUUCGGAGCUUGAGUUGAGAGCCUGGUGGCCAUGGCUUCCCUGGAUCGAGGGCGCGGGCGUGGGCGUUCCCUGGAGCGACGUGGACGUGGUCGUGGCGAGACGACGUACGUCGUGAAGAAGACGUUGCGGGAUGUCGGCGGCGCACAGUACCCCAUGCUCACUCGCACAAACUAUGCCGAGUGGGUGGUGCUGAUGAAGGUGAUGCUCAAGGCGAGGCGCCUGUGGGCGGCGGUGACCGUGGGCGCCGCUAAUGAAGAAGACGACCAGUCCGCCAUGGAGGUCAUCCUCAAGUCGGUGCCGACCGAGUACGUCGUCACGCUCGGCGCCAAGAACUCCGCCAAGGAGGCGUGGGAGAGCUUGGAGACGAUGAGGCUGGGCGGCGACCGCGUGUGCAAGGCGAAGGCGCAGCAGCUUCGGCGGGAGUACGAGGCCAUCGCGUUCCGCGAUGGCGAGGCCAUCGAGGACUUCGCGCUGCGGCUCUCCACGCUAGUGAGCCAGCUCACGCAGGUCGGCAUCGUCAUCGACGAGGAGGCGAUGGCGAAGUACUUGCGCGUCGUGCCGCCUCGGUUUGCGCAGAUUGCGCUCUCGAUCGAGACGCUGCUCGACAUAAGCACGCUCUCGAUCGAGGAUGUCACCGGGCGGCUCAAGGCGGUCGAGGACCGCGCGGAGGCACCUGCCCGCACGACCGCCGGCGGCCAGCUGCUGCUCACGGAGGAGCAGUGGGCGGCGCGCGUGCGCGAGAGGAAGCAGGGGAAGGGCUCCUCUGCUCCGCGCGGCGGCGGCGGAGGCGGCGCGGGAAACCACGGCGGAAGGCCGAGGGCGCCGGCAAGGAUGGCGGCGACCGCGUCACCGACAAGGACCGGUGCCGGAACUGCGGCAAGGUUGGGCAUUGGGCCCACGACUGCAAGGAGCCACGGCGCCAGGAGCGUGUGCAUCUGGCGCACGACGACGAGGAGCCGGCGCUGCUGAUGGCCCAGGUGUGCACCAUCAACACCGGAGCAGAGGACCAGAGCGCGCGUGUGGUGCUUGACGAGCCGCGCGAGCAGGUCAACCUCGGGCGAGAAGGGGAAGAA